CGGGUAUAUUGCUUGGAGGGAGAGCGGCGCGCUAAGUAUGGGAGCCGGUAUAUAGGCAAAGGCUAUAGCUCACUUGCCAUCGCCUUUGAAGACGCCACCUGAUCCUCGCUCGCACCGAACACUGCGCUCUCGGAUAACACACGUCGGCCGCGCUCCUGCUUCUCGGGCGGAAACAUGAAGACCGUGCUGUCCCUGAUGAGUUUCUGCUUAGCGGCUGCUGUCCUGCUGGCUGACUACGGCCGCGGAUACGGCUUAGGAGUAUAUAAUGGCUAUGGAGGAUACGGCGGCUACGGAGGUUACGGCGCAAAUGGCCUCUACGGCGCAUACGAUUUGGCUGGGGGCUUAGGUGGGGUUGGCAUCGGGGUUGGCGGCUACGGGGUGGGCGGCUACGGUGUCGGAGGCUUAGGUGCACUCGACUACUACUGACGGAUCAGCUGCGCUAUAUUAAACGGACUGGCAAUGUGCUCAAGCCAC